GUUUUUUUCAAAACAAAAUCUCCUCACAAAAAUUAUUAUUAAGUUUUCGCUAUGAAAAGCAAAACUCUUAGCUCUCAAUCACAGGGCUUGGUACUAUCCUUGCUGAAUUAUUUUCAACAAGAAAAGGAUAAUGGAGGGCCUCUAUUACCUUUGUUAGCUGUCCAAGAGAGGGUGGCUCAGGCACUAAGUAUCAGUUUGUCCACUAUUACCAGAAUACAGCGCCGUUUAUCAUCUAAUGAUAAUGUCCUAAGAUCACCUGGAAAGAAGAGACCCAGAAAAAAGUCUAAGACAACAGAUUUAUCUGAUGCAGUCAGGCAUAAUAUACGAGAUACAGUGUAUCAAAUGUAUAGUGAAAGUAAUGAUAAUGAGCGUGAGAUGAAACAUGUCACAGCAGCAAAUUUGAAUAAAACGCUUAAAGAAAAAGAGCUUGCUUCUAUCAGCAAUAGCUCUUUACAAAGAGUGCCCACCAUAGGCUUUAAAUAUAAAAAAGAUGCUUAUGCUAAAAUGAAUAGUGGAUGGCAUGACAUGAAAUAG